CCAGUGUGCUCUGCAAGCUGGCUCUACACUUCUCUGCUCGACCAGGUGGUUGUUUUUUUAUGUUGUCGGCAAUCAUUCCUCAGGAUGACUUCUCUUAUUCCCCGUGAGCCUUAUUCUGAGGAGGAGCUGAAGAAGCUGUAUCCUAAGGAACUGAAGCUUCAGUUGGUCCAAGUGUUUCUUCGCCAUGGUGAACGCACGCCGGUAUCUUCGCGAUUUCAGAAUGUAUGCCUCGCUCCAUACUGGCCGUAUUGCAAUAUAGCCCGUCGCAUGGUCCAGAUGGCUUCUACUAAACAAGACACUUCAGAAUGGAAUCAGUUUCAAUGGCGAAGGAAAAUGGAGACCUUUGGAGAAAACGAUGAAUCGGUGGUUGCCGUCGGUGCAAAUGGUGAUAUCGAAGGCAUCUGCCAACAUGGUGAAUUGACAGACAAGGGGCGUGAGACUACCUUUGCCCUGGGUCAAAGAUUGAGACACCUCUACGUCGACCAGCUGGGCUUCAUGCCUCAGGUCAAAUCUGAUUCCGAAGACAUGUACCUCCGUGCCACCACCAUCCCCCGAGCUUUGGAGUCCCUCCAUCAAGCGUUCUGGGGAAUGUAUCCUCCAAACGCUCGUACACAGGAUUUCCCUCCCCCAGUUAUCGUGGCGCGCGCUGUUUCGGAGGAGACACUACUGCCCAAUGAAGCCAACUGUCGCCGUUUCAGGCAACUCGCUAGGCUUUUUGCAGACCGGGCAGCUAAACGAUGGAGCGACACCGACGAGCUGAAAUACAUCAACAGCCUCUGGUCGAAAUGGAUGCCGGAAAACUCACCCAAGGUCGCCAUCGACGCCCACCCCCGUCUUGCAGGUGUGACGGACACCAUCAACGCCACUGAUGCCCACGGCCCCGCUACAAGACUUCCCUCCGAAUUCUACGAUAAGAAGGCCAGAGAGUACGCAAACAUAAUGACCGCCGACGAGUGGUUCUCCGGAUACGGCGAAAGCAGCGAAUACAGAAGGCUAGGCAUCGGAGCCCUCAUGGGAGACAUUGUGGACCGCAUGGUUAGCACUGCCGUUGACGGGGGCUGGCGCAGCGAGACCACAGCCGCUGGACCAUCGAACGGACAAGGCAAGCCCAUUAAAUUCGCCCUCAGCGGAUGUCACGACACAACCAUCGCCGCUAUCCUAGGCAGCUUAGGUGCCUUCAACAACCGAUGGCCCCCAUUCACUUCCUCCGUGGCCGUUGAGCUUUUCACCAAGACACCAAAAGGAACCGACGAUGCAGGAUCCGUCCUAGAGGAAUUCUCAAACCCCGUUCUCGCCAGCAACGCCUCCAAGAAACCCGGCCUCUUUUCGUUCCUGUCAGGCUCCUCGUCUUCAACCUCCACGCCACCCGCUCCAUCCGAUACCCACCGCGCCCCCUUGUCUUCCUUCCCAGCAUCCACCCGAGCCGCUCUCCAGAACCAGCACUACGUCCGACUCCGGUUCAACGAUACCCCCGUCCGUAUUCCCGGCUGCGCCGCAAGGCCCGAAAACCAUCUCCCCGGCGAUGAUACAUUCUGCACACUGGACGCCUUCAAGGAAAUCGUCGACAAGUUCACGCCCAAGAACUGGAGGGAAGAGUGCACGCAGAACCUUGGACAGGGGCCGUUCGGCGAGGGUGACAAGGAGAAGAUUCUUGCUGGAUUCUAGGCGUGAGAGUAUAUAAUAAUUCUUUUUCUUGUGAUCCGAUUUCCCUUUCUGUCUUCUUUUUAUGUGAAAGGAACAAGUCUUCGUGUGAUGAAUUAAAUUGAGCUUUAUAGCUAUGAUAAUAUGCAAAGAAAUCGAACCCAGACAUGAAGUAAUAGGA